AUAUGGCCACAGGUGAACAUGCGGAGGCUCCAGGUGACUUUCUUGAGGAGCUGGCUAGAGAAGGAGUAAAUGGUGGAUCCACCAAUGAAGUUGAAAUGGUGGGUUAUGAUGACAUUGGGGGGUCCAAUGGAGUAACUCAAAACUCGAAUGAAAAUGUUGGGUCCUCGCUUGGAAAAUAA